CCUGCACUGUCUGUCCUUGGCUCCAAGUCACCAUGGGCAGCGUCAGUAGCCUCAUCUCUGGCCAUGGCUUCCACAGCAAGCACUGUCGGGCUUCCCAAUACAAGCUGCGCAAGUCCUCCCACCUCAAGAAGCUCAAUCGGUACUCAGAUGGGCUGCUGAAAUUUGGCUUUUCCCAGGAAUCAAAUCAUGGCAAGUCCAGCUCCAAAAUGGGCAAAAGUGAAGACUUCUUCUACAUCAAGGUCAGCCAGAAGACCCGGGGAUCCCGUCCAGACUACACUGCCUUGUCCAGUGGGGACAUGGGCCAAGCUGGGGUGGAGUUUGGCUUGUCCACCCCGUCCAAGCUUGUGCCCUUCUCCAAUCAGCUAGAAAUGGGCUCCGAGAAAGGGGCGGUACGACCCACUGCCUUCAAGCCCAUGCUGCCCCGGUCAGGAGCCCUCCUCCAUUCCUCCCCCGAGAGUGGCAACCACCAGCUGCACCCCGUUCCUCCAGACAAGCCCAAGGAACAGGAGCUGAAGCCCAGCCUGUGCUCUGGGGCACUGUCUGACUCUGGCCGGAACUCCAUGUCCAGCCUGCCCACACACAGCACCAGCAGCAGCUAUCAGCUGGACCCACUGGUCACUCCUGUGGGCCCUAGCAGUCGAUUUGGAGGCUCGGCCCACAACAUCACACAGGGCAUCAUCCUCCAGGACAGCAACAUGAUGAGCCUGAAGGCUCUGUCUUUCUCUGAUGGGGGGAGCAAGCUGGCCCACCAGGGCAAGGCGGACAAGGGCCCCUCAUGCGUCCGCUCCCCCAUCUCCACAGACGAGUGCACCCUCCAGGAACUGGAGCAGAAACUUCUGGAGAGGGAGGGCGAGCUCCAGAAGCUGCAGCGCAGCUUUGAGGAGAAGGAGCUGGCCACCAGCCAGGCCUAUGAGGAGCGGCAGCGGCGCUGCAAGGAGGAGCUGGAGGGCCUGGAGCAGAAGUGUACCAGCAAGUUGAAGCAGGUCUCGCAGAAGAACCAGCGUACGCAGCAGGUACUGCACCUCCAGGUGCUCCAGCUCCAGCAAGAGAAGCGGCAGCUCCGGCAGGAGCUCGAGAGCCUCAUGAAGGAGCAGGACCUGCUGGAGAGCAAGCUGAGGUCCUACGAGAAGGAGAAGACCAACUUUGUGCCUGCGCUGGAGGAGACCCAGUGGGAGGUGUGCCAGAAGUCAGGCGAGAUCUCGCUUCUGAAACAGCAGCUGAAGGAGUCCCAGUCAGAGGUCAAUGCCAAGGCCAGUGAGAUCCUCAAUCUGAAGGCACAGCUGAAGGACGCUCGGGCCAAGCUGGAGGGUAUGGAGCUGAAGACACAGGACCUGGAGAGCGCUCUGCGCACCAAGGGCCUAGAGCUGGAGGUCUGCGAAAAUGAGCUCCAACGCAAGAAGAACGAGUCGGAGCUGCUUCGUGAGAAGGUGAACCUGCUGGAGCAGGAGCUGAUGGAGCUGCGGGCCCAGGGGGCUUCCCUGCGGGGCCUGGGGCCUGGAGCCACCUUCUCUGAGGACAUCCCUGCCCUGCAGCGGGAGUUGGAGCGGCUGCGGGCCGAGUUAAAGGAGGAGCGUCAAGGCCACGACCAGCUGUCGUCGGGCUUCCAGCAUGAGCGGCUGGUGUGGAAGGAGGAGAAGGAGAAAGUGAUUCAAUACCAGAAGCAGCUGCAGCAGAGCUACCUGGCCAUGUACCAGCGCAACCAACGCCUGGAGAAGGCCUUGCAGCAGCUGGCCCGUGGGGAGGGUGCAGGGGAACCCCUUGAGAUUGACCUCGAAGGGGCUGACAUCCCCUAUGAGGACAUCAUAGCCACUGAGAUCUGAAGGGCCCCUGGGAUUAGGAGGGCUGGGG